AUGUUGAAAAUGGCAGUACGUUGGAACUGGAGGUCACUCUCUUCCCUCCCUCUAACUCACUUCACAAACAAAACCCUCCACACACCAAACCCUAAUCUUCGAUUCACCACUUCCAACCUCUUUUCUUCCGCUUCUCUGCAAACCUCACCUCCUCUCAAUGCCGAGCUGGACCCAUACCUCCGCUGUUCCCUGCCGCAGAACCCACUCCGAGUCGCCGUCCUUGUCAGCGGAGGCGUCGACAGCAGUGUCGCUCUCCGGCUACUUCACGCCGCCGGUCAUUCUUGCACUGCUUUCUAUCUCAAGAUAUGGUUCCAAGAAGAUUUUGAGAACUUCUGGUCGGAAUGCCCUUGGGAAGAUGAUUUGAAGUAUGCUAAAGACGUUUGCAAUCAGGUUGAAGUUCCUUUAGAAGUUGUUCACUUGACUGAUGAAUACUGGAAAAACGUGGUUUCUUACAUCAUUGAAGAGUAUCGGUGUGGUCGAACUCCGAACCCAGAUGUUCUUUGCAAUACAAGAAUAAAAUUUGGUGCAUUUUUGGAUGCAAUUGGCGGUAUGGGUUUUGACUACGUUGCUUCUGGUCAUUAUGCAAAGGUUGUCCAUUCAUUUGUGGAUAAGAUGGAUGGCCCUUCUAUUCUAGAACUAUCACAAGACAUGGUAAAGGAUCAAACUUACUUCUUAUCCCACCUAUCACAGUCCCAGCUGAAGCGACUUCUUUUUCCACUUGGUUGUAUUCCCAAGGAUGAAGUCCGUAGGCUUGCCACAAAAUUCGAUCUUCCAAAUAAGGAUAGAAAGGAUUCCCAGGGAAUAUGCUUUUUGGGCAAGAUAAAAUUCAGCGAAUUUGUUGCAAGACAUAUUGGGGAAAAAGAAGGUAUCAUACUAGAAGCUGAGACAGGUGAUUUCCUUGGCAAACAUCGUGGCUUCUGGUUUUAUACUAUAGGUCAACGCCAGGGUCUACGGCUACCUGGAGGUCCAUGGUAUGUUGUUGAAAAGGAUGUAAAAAAUAAUGUAGUUUUUGUGUCCAGAAACUACUUUUCUUUGGACAAAAGAAGGCGCAUAUUCCGUGUUGGUUCUUUCAAAUGGCUUAGUGGGUUACCCCCUAAGCAAACAAGUCAGCUUAGAUGCAAGGUCAGACAUGGUCCCGGGUUCUAUGAUUGUAGCUUACAAAUGGAACUUGAAGGAGAUGACGUAAAUGACUCUGCCAUCGUUUGCAUAUCUGAAGAUGAUCAAGGCCUAGCAGCUGGACAGUUCACAGCCUUCUAUGAGGGAAGAACAUGCAUUGGUUCUGGUGUGAUUUUGGAGUCCGGGGAUGAUCAAAGUUAUCCUGUAUGCACAAAAGCUUUAGAAAUUGCAAGAAUGGAAGAUAAAUCCAAGAUUGGGAAUCCAGUAAAGAUAAAAGUUAAACCAGAUAAUCCACAAGAAGUGUGUGAUUCCACAGAAUUGGCAAGUAAAGCUUCAUAG